UUUGGUCUUGCAAAAGCACUACUGGCGCGCACGCACACAAUCGUCCGUCCGCUCACCAGCGUACAGACAUGUAUACAUAGACCACUCGCUUUUUUAAAACUUUCCCUUUUGUCAUCGCGAGUUGAAGUCGCGACUCUCAGUGUAGCGCGAGAGAUCGGCCAGUGUGUAUACCUAUACAUGCACGGAAAGACUGGAGAAAAAGGCAGAAAAAGCAGCGGAAUAGAUAGCGGAGACGAUGUGGGCAUUAGAUCUGGAGUAGCCGCACAUAUUGUAUAGAUACAUAACGUGUGCAUAUCUAUAUAUACUUAAUAACUCGCCCAGUGAGUUGCAAAAUUCUAUUAGAGUAGUCAUUAGCUCGAAGCGCAGUAGCAGCGAGAGAAGACAAAGGUGCACUACCUAGUGUGUUAAGCCACACUGGCAGUCAUCGUAAAGUGACUGGUUCUGCAUGAAAAGUGAAAGAUGAGUAAUGAAAGCGAUGACACCGAAGGACACGGCAUCAAUGAUGUCGAAUUGUCUCUGACAAUGCCCAUAAUCCAGAACACUUGCCCACCCUGUGUCAGCAUUUGGAUGGAAAAGAUGAGGCAAGGAGUUCUAUCAAACACUCAUUUCAAGGAACACUGGAGAGUCUGGGUUCCAAAAAUCUACAAAUUAGAGCCAACCGAUAACUGCCUAGAAUGGGUAUUCAACGAGAAGGAGGCUCAAACAAUAUUGUAUGAUCCACUGGAGGAAUUCAUCUGCAAUGGUAACCCACACGAGAUUCUCAAACAACUGAGUCAGAAUGACAGGCCACCAUCGAUCUGUGGCCGAGUCUUCAAAGCAGGAGAACCAACGUAUAGCUGCAGAGAGUGUGGAAUGGACUCCACCUGUGUUCUCUGUGUCGACUGCUUCAAGCAAUCGGCGCACAAAAAUCACAAGUAUAAAAUGGGCAUAUCCAUUGGCGGAGGUUGCUGCGAUUGCGGAGAUACCGAGGCGUGGAAGAAGGAGCCCUUCUGCAAAAUUCACUUGGCCGGCAUCGAAUCGAAAGACGCUCCCUCCAACAAGUUACCAGACGACAUGGCUCAAAGGGCAGCCGCCACUUUCAGAGCUGUUCUGAAGUACUGUUACGACCUACUGUCCAUGGAACACAGUCCCAGCCUCCCGAACGAUCUCUGCAUAAAGAACGACGAGGACUCGGUGUCUUUGCUAGCGUCGAACGACACUUAUUGCACCGUCCUAUUCAACGACGAGACCCACACUUUCGACCAAGUAAUUAUCACCCUGACUCGCGUAAUCAAGUGUUCACAGCGGGACGCCAUCGAGUAUGUUACGAACAUCGAUCGCGAGGGUCGAGCAGUCGUCAAGUGCUCCGGUUUCCAGCACUGCAACGAGCUCAAAAGCGAGAUCGAGAAGUUCACCUCCCGCCACAACAGCCGACCUCUCAAAGUCCUCGUGGAGCACGCUCACGUUGUCGCCCACCAGAUCUUCGCAAUGAAACUCCUCGGCUGGCUACAGCAGUUUAUCAGUCACUGCGAAGGUUUCCGGCUCAUCUUCAGCGACGUCGCUCUCAACGACAAGAUGCCCGAUAUCCCCAUUGUCAAGGGAAUCUUGAUCCGAGAUUACCAGCUCUGGAAGGCCGCUCGCACCUGCUGGCACCGACUCUUCAUCUCGGGUAUGCUCACCGAGUAUGAGAGCAAGAAGGCUUUGGCCAUUGACUUCACCAACAACUACGGCACCGUCCUUAAGGACUUCAUUCGAGACGACCACGACCACUCGUACUCCAUUGCCUCUCUCGCCGUCCAGCUCUUCACCGUGCCGACCUUGGCUCAUCACCUCAUAGCCCACCAUGACGCUCUGCUGAUACUCUUCAACACCUUCAUCUCGGAGAGCUCGCGUCGUUGCAAUGCCGCAGGCAAGCUUGAGUUCGAGCGGAACGCUCCCAACAACGCGUUUAAGCGAGCUCAGUACAUCCUCUACGAUCUGCGUUACCUUCUCAGCGCCAAACCCGAGACCUGGACUGACGAGCUGCGUCGAGGUUUCCUCCAGGGCGUCUCGCUUCUGCUUCAGCUACUAGGCAGUAUGCAGUGGAUGGAUGCUGUUGUGCGUCAAGUCGGCCAGCACAUGGAGUACGAGCAGGAGUGGGAAUCGGCCUUCAAUCUCUACAUAAAGCUCUCACCGGUCAUCAGUCUGGCUCUGGAAUGGUGCGGCUCGGAUAGAAUCGUAUUGAUCAAAGCGUUCAGAUUAGUGCUGAAGAAGCUGGAGGAACAGCCGGGCAAGGCACCAACCAACUUCCGCGAGGUGGCGGAUCACAGUGCUUCGUGCAUCCACUACGACGUGUCGACCGAGCCUGUCUCGAUCCACUUGCCGCUGUCGCGAUUCUUGGCUGGUCUGUUCUUGCAUCUGGAGAAGUACGACCUGACCUUCCAGGGUACGGAGUUCCAAACUCUCAGCAAGCCCACCCCCGAGGAGAUCAUCGAGCCUGUGCUCAGAGCGCAAGCGAUGAUCUCGCAGGUGCACGCCGGCAUGUGGAGGCGAAACGGAUACUCCCUAAUUCACCAGCUGUACUUUUAUCACAAUGUCAAGUGCAGAACAGAGAUGUUGGAUAAGGAUAUCGUAUUGUUACAAGCUGGGGCGGCGCUCAUCGAGAGCAAUGAGUUCCUCAUUCAUAUACUGAACAAGUUUAAUUUGAUCAACUGGGCACAGCCGGAUUUCGAAACCGCACUGCUCAAGACCUGCGAGGAGGACAGCAUUCGCCAGACCAUCAAUCUCGUCGAGGAGUUUUUAGCUCUCCUCAUUACUAUAAUCGGCGAGCGAUAUGUACCAGGCGUGGGUCGCGUAACGCAGGAUGAUUGUCUGAAACGCGAGAUAAUUCAGCAGCUGUGCAUCAAGCCUCUCUCCCACUCCGAGCUCAACAAGACUCUACCUGACGAUGUGCACCAUGAGACGGGCAUGGAGCGCGUUAUCCACGAGGUAGCCGACUUCAAGAAGCCCCAGGUCGUAUCCGCUGGCAAAGGCGUCUACGAGCUCAAGUUCAAUUUCUACUCCGAGUACAACGUCUUCUUUUACCACUACACCAAGGAAGAGCUGAGUAAAUCCGAGGAGGCGCAGCGCAAGAGACGGAAAACCGUUGGCGAGCUCGAGUGCUGUCCUCCGCCUAAACUACCGAGACUCACGGAGAUGCUGAGUCUUGUGACAAAUCUGUUGCAGUGCGACGUUAUGCUGUCUAUUAUGAAUAUCGUUUUGACGCGCACGCUCGAUCUCAAGGCUAGAAGCUUUUCCGAGCCACAGGUACACAAGAUUCUCCAUCUUAUAGGAUAUGCACUGCAGGAGCAGGAGUCGGGUUACUAUCCGUUCUUGGCAUUUACGGAGAGGGCAACCAAGUGGGAUAUCUAUAAGCUGUUGGAGACCACGCAGAACAGCCCAAGAAUCGAAGCUCACAAGGAUCUUCUCACGUGGGUGUUGGAGAAGUACAGGCAGGUGGCAGGCUCCCCAAUACCAGAGGCACCCGAGCCGCCAGCUCCACAGCCCACUGAUCCUGGUGAAGAUACUGAAAAACUCGAGAAAGGAAGCCAAGAGUGGCGAAUGAAGAUGGCUGCGUUAAAGCGCGCCCAGGUGAUGGCUCAAAUGGAAGCCAUGCAAAAGCACUUUAUGAAGAAAAAUGCAAAGAUGUUCCAGGAAGCCGCGCUAGAUGUAAGCAGCAAAGGCUCGAAUGACCGAGGCUCGGCAAUGGACCUGAGCGAGAGCUUGGACGAAACGUCAGUCGCAUUGGGACGUCGUCAGACCAACCGACUUUGCUUUGAAAAAUCCUACACUUGCAUACUGUGCCAGGAGGAUCAGUGUAUCAAAGCCGAUGAAUCAGCCAUGGUCCUGGCUGCCUUCGUGCAACAAUCCACGGUACUUUGCCAACUGCCCCAUGAACGUCAAAAGGCUCAACAACCACCCCAGUCACGUAGCGUUGCCGAGAAGACACCACUCUUUUUGUCGUCUUAUCUGGGUGCCUCUCCUCACACGAGCACUUGCGGUCACGUCAUGCACUCCAGUUGCUGGCAGAAGCACUUUGAUAACGUGCUCGCCAAGGAGAAUCGACGACCCUACAGGCUACGACAACCUGCCAGUUUUGACGUCGAGAAGCAUGAGUACCUCUGUCCCCUCUGCGAGUGUUUGAGUAAUACCGUGCUGCCAGUUUUACCAUCUCUGGGAACACUGCAGGUAACGCCUGCAGACCAGCCUGAUCUCAGCUUUGAUAGAUGGUUAGAUAUUAUGAGUGCGCUAACCAAGUGCAAAAGCAGUAGCGAUAAUAAGGAUACGCCGAAAGUCGCCCAUAACGAGGACUGCCGAUACUGCAAAUUUCUCUCGCAGCAGGAAUUAGAUGCUGCCGAAGCAGAAUCAGGUGGCAACGCACAGGCGACUCCGUCUACGUCAUCUCUUAUCUCCUGCCCGAUCGAAGCUAUAAAGGCCCAAGGCCCUGACGGCGAGGCUCUGCUGAGUCUCUACUCCCAACCAGGCCCUCGACUAUCUAAGAAUCUGGUAGAGAUGAUCCAGCUGUUUACGCAGACUACGUAUACAAAGGGCUUGGGUUGCGAGCCGCAUGAUGACGAUUCUCGAGUGCCCUUAUUGGCUUGGAAGUCCACCGCCUACACCGUCCACGCGAUAGAGUUUCUUCUGCGAGAUACAGAAAAACCUCUUUUGGGCGCACUAUCCUCCAGACAGCGCGACAGUUUGGAGGGCUUGGCGCGAAUUUCUGCUGUGAUAAGCGCGACGUGGCCGAGCAACGUGGCCGGCUCCACCUCGCCGACAAGCUCGGAGAAUAUUGCCGAGUAUGCGCUUGAGUGUCUGACCUGCUUCCUCAAUAACGCCGAGAGCAACUACAGCAUCCUGAGUUGGGAUCCGUUCGGCAUGCUCGUCACGUUACUGGCUUCUUUGUCAAAUCUACUAAGCAGUCGUACCGACGAUCCGCACUCCACCAUCACCGGCAAUGUGGCUGAGGCACAUGCGACGAGACUGGUCUUCACUGCACUCGUCGUUAAAGUUCUCCUAAUGUCAAACUUCGAUCAAGACGAAAAGAUGGACGUAGAUGACGACGUUGCGGAUGACAACAACGAAGCAGAGAUGAGAGAUGCUAGUAAACCCAGUGCAAUUUUGAAUGUGAUGAAGGCUUUAAACAUACCGACCGGUAAUAAGUCUGAUGCGGAGAUCUGGCUAAAGGUGCAAGAAUGUUGCGAACCGUUCUUGCGUUGUUGCGUAUUGUACUUUCACUACGUGACAGAUGUACCGGCACCUGUCGACCUGACCGUGCUCGGCGGGGAUAGCUUUGAGGCCAUGUGCAAUUACCUGGGAUUACCCGAGACCUUCGAGGAGCUCUUUAAUACAGAAAAGGUGCUGCAACUCGCCGUUCAGUGGUCCAAGCAUCCGGAAAUGGUAAACAAGGACACCGCCACAAGAGAGCCUCUGAAGAUCAAUCGGCUAGUCGACCUGCCUGACGACUACAGCGAACUUAUGAACACCGUGUCAAUGUUCAGCUGUCCCAACAGUGACAAGGAGGACUCGUUGAACCCGACCAUGUGUCUUGUAUGCGGAGGCAUGCUUUGCUCGCAGAGCUACUGCUGCCAGGUCGAGCUGAAUAAAAUUAUGGUUGGCGCGUGUACGUACCACGCUCACGAGUGCGGCGCCGGGGUCGGCGUGUUUCUGCGCGUACGCGACUGCGAGAUCGUAUUCCUGAGAAGUCCAAACCGAGGAUCCUACGGCUGCCCACCGUACUUCGACGAGUAUGGCGAAACCGACCAGGGUCUGCACCGGGGCAAUCCACUCAAGCUGUGCAGAGACAAAUACAAGAGGUUGAAUCAAAUGUGGCUUGGCCACGGCCUGUACGAAUGUAUCGCUCGGGCUAUUGAGACUGCCACCUCCGCGACCGGCCAGUGGCAACACUUGUAAUUUCGGACUUGGCGUUACCAUCGCGAUAACAAAAAACACUUGUAAUUUAUUUCGACGCUAGAGUUCAUUUCGCAAGAGGCGCGCAUUAGAGACGCUAUCGAAGGUUCGCGGUCAGCGUAACCGGGGUUCGGAUGAUUGCGAAGCGCGUUGAUUGAAACCUUUUUUUAUUUUUAAUUUUACAUCUGAAAAUUAUUUUUUCCUUCCGUCUACGCGAUAAAUUUUGUUUUGUUUCCACUUGAUACACGUGGAAGUUGCGUUUGUAAACGGAUUAACGAGCUUUUAUAACUGACGAAAUACGUGUGAUCUUAGAAACUCUGAUCUUUUUUAAACGAUCGCAGUCUGAUUCUUAUGUUUCCUUUGCUAUCUUUCUUUAUUUGAUAUAAAUAUAUUUAUUGUGGCGAUUGUAAAAACAAAGAAAGAAAAAUUAGUAACCUAAGCUUCUAUCGAAGAAUAACGGAUACUAGGUGUCGACUUAAAAAACUCAAUGGGCAUCAAAUUCACGGGAAGACAUUCAUAGUGCUUCUCCUCACGAUGUCGCAUAUUUACUAUAGGUUGAUAAUAGCAGUUAGUAUUGUAAUUGUUUCUUAUGAAUCAUUUUAAUCUCUCACAAGCGUUAAUAUUCGUGUGUACUCAGCGAAAAUUGUAAAGUAGACAAGAGCGAAAUGAAUUGUACAUUUAAAUAAUCGAAUAUUAUAUAACGUUAUGACCGUUUAUAUUGUUUCAGAGUUUACUGGUCAUUCUAUUAUUAGAAUUAUAAUUAAAAUUACUUUUUCUAGAGUAAUUAAUUUUAAUUCGUGUACUAUAUUAUUAUUACCAUUAUUAUUACUAUAAUUAUAAUUUUUAACGUUUAAAUCACCAUCAAUCAUCAUUGCCAUUUUGUAAAUUUUUAAAGUAACAUGGUCAUCUCACGACUGUUAGAUGUAUGGGUACCUGUGUAUAUCAAACUUUAAUAAUCAGCUUUAGAUAUUGCUAAAAGAUUUGGUAUAAACAGUGACUAUAAAAUUAAAAAAAAAAUCGUACUUUGGACAUGAUCUGAGUUAAAACGCUGAAUAAUCGUGAAAGGCAAGCAGGGCUACUAUAAUGAUAACUAUUUUAUAAAAUUUUUAUUCGAAAUUUUAAUAUUAUAAAAAUGUUUUCAUGUUAUUACACUUAUAGAUUACAAAAUAAAUUUCGAUAUUGAGAAUAUCUUAAUUCACAGCUAGGCGUUCUCACUUUGAAGAAGAAUAAAUUGUCUCUACUCAAUAUUCUUUUGAAUAAAAUAAUCUAAGCAUUGUAAUACCUUCUAUUAGAGCUUGUAAUAUUUUCUUAUUUAUUAUUUCAAAGAAGCUUUCAACUAAUUUAACGCAUAAUUAUGAUAAUUCCUUGCAGCAAACUUGAGUCAUUCAUAAUAUUGAAUGUUUAAUAUUAUACGCGUUAUCGUACAUUGCACAAACUUACGAUUACAUUUCCGUGAACGCUUGGUUUCACGAAAACAAUUUUCUUCGGCAAAAACAAGUUGAAGCCCGGGGAGGAGACAGAUUCUUAAUUAAUAUCAGAGAGCUUUGCGUGAUUUUUGAGAUUACAUAUUAUUAUUAGUAGAAUAAAAAGGAAACAUUGUUCAAAGAUCUAAUGCUUUUCGCGCACCGAGCUAUCAAAAAGGCGUACGAGUUCAGAAUGCAAUUAUAAGGAAAUUCAUGUUUUACCAGAUAAAGUUUUGUUGUUUGUAAAAUAAAUUUAAUAUAUAUAUAUAUAUAUAUGAAUGAUAAACGA